AACAUCAACACUCAUUUAUACGUAUUGUUGACUCGUUCAGUUUAUAUAUAAUAAUCGCUUCAGAUUUCCAAAUUUUUUGAAGUUGAAAUAUUCUUCAGUCUCUGUAUAUUGCACAUAUCCAUACAGUUUAAGCGAAAUUCAAAAUGUGUUCACGUGAUCCGGCUUCCAAUCAGUUAAUCGAUUACAAGAACAAAGAUUCAGAACCACCCAAGGAAUGCACCACUUCGGGUGGCAUACCUAUUGGGGUCAAGGAUGCAAUACAGACGAUUGGGCCGCGAGGCCCUGCUCUGCUGCAGGAUUACAUUUUCCUUGACGAGUUGGCGCAUUUCGACUCGGAACGUAUACCAGAGCGCGUGGCCUAUGCCAAGGGCGCCGGAGCCUUUGGGUACUUCGAAUGCACCCAUGAUAUAACCAAAUUCUGUGCUGCAUCGAUUUUUGAUCGUGUCAAGAAACGGACAGCGAUUGCCAUGAGGUUCUCAGUGGCCUGCGGUGAGAGUGGAUCGGCGGAUACGGUGCGUGAGCAGCGAGGAUUUGCGAUCAAGUUCUAUACGGAGGAUGGCAUCUGGGAUUUGGUGGGCUGCAAUAUGCCCGUGUACUAUGUGCGGGAUCCGGCGCUCUUCCCCAGUCUUGUGCAUGCCCAGAAACGUAAUCCACAGACGCAUCUCCGGGAUCCGGACAUGUUCUGGGACUUUAUGUCGCUGCGAGCGGAGACAAUGCAUGCUCUGCUCAUGUAUUUCAGUGAUCGGGGCACUCCCGAUGGCUAUCGGCAUAUGCAUGGCUAUGGCGGCCAUACCUACCGCAUGGUAAAUCCAAGUGGUGAAACUUUCUAUGUUAAGUUCCACAUGAAAACAGAUCAGGGUAUUAAGAAUUUGGAUGCACGUCGCUGCGCAGAGUUGGCCGCUCACGAUCCAGACUAUUCAAUACGUGAUCUGUAUAAUGCCAUCAAGAAGGGCAACUAUCCCAGUUGGAGUUUGUUUAUUCAGAUAAUGCUCAACGAGGAGGCCAGAAAGUGUAAAUUCAAUCCUUUCGAUGUGACCAAGGUGUGGCCGCAAAAGGAGUAUCCUCUGUUACCAGUCGGCAAAUUGGUACUAGAUCGUAAUCCCACCAAUUACUUUACAGAAGUCGAACAGUUGGCAUUCAGUCCGGCUCAUAUGGUCCCUGGCAUUGAGCCGUCGCCAGAUAAAAUGCUUCAGGGCCGUCUGUUCGCCUACGGCGAUACUCAGAGAUAUCGUCUGGGUGUUAACUAUAUGCAGAUCCCUGUCAACUGUCCUUAUCGUGUGAAUAUCAAGAACUUCCAACGUGAUGGCGCGAUGACUGUCAACGAUAAUCAGGAUGGUGCACCCAAUUACUUUCCCAACUCCUUUUGUGGUCCCAAGGAGAGCGCUCGAGCGCUUGCUCUGCAGACCUGCUGUCCCGUUUCGGGUGAUGUCUAUCGCUAUAUGAGCGGCGAUACGGAGGAUAAUUUCAGUCAAGUCACCGAUUUCUGGACCUACACUUUGGACAAUUGCGGACGUAAGCGUCUGGUGCGCAAUGUUUCGGAGCAUCUAUCGGAUGCCAGCCAAUUCCUCCAGGAACGCGCCGUUAAGCUCUUUACCAUGAUCCAUGCCGACUUCGGACGACUCAUGACAGAGGCUCUAAACACAGCCAAGAUCUCUAAGUUCUAGUGAUUAUUGUAAUAU